AUGAGUCGUCCAGUUACAUCCGUCGGAAGUCGUCCUCCCACCAAUUCAAUCGGAUUUCCUCCCUUACCAAAACUAGGCAAUUUAUCUCUGAAACCAUUGGAACCAGUUGCUGAAAAACCACAAACUCCACUGUAUCCAAUUCCAAGAACUAAUAUUUCAUAUAUGCUUAAUUUGAAUGACAUUGACGAGAAUGAGGUUCUACGUCCUGAUUCUGUCGCAUCCACAGUCAUUGAUAGUGGUCGAGAAAUAAUAAGAAAGUUUUUGAGAAUCCCAGAAACAUUUGCUGAAUUUCGAGAACUUUCUGUUGAUCUUGACCAAGUAUCUGUGGAAGAUAUUGAGAAGAUGUUAGAGAAUACGAGAGCUCAUGAUCAUCAUAACAGCGGAUUCGUUUCUCUAACAUCUGUUCUCUCUUCGAUUCGAAUAAUUCAUCCAUCUGACACGUGGCAACACUUGUUAGAUUGGCUGAUUGCAACAACUAUGGAUGAGGAUAAACUCAAUGAAUCUGAAACUGAAUCCACUUCCACGACGUCUGUUAUUCUUUUUAUUAUGGAUUAUCAAUUGUUUUUUGAAAUUCUUCAGAACGAUAAACAGGCGAGAGAAGUCUUAGCAAACAUUCCGGAAGUUCUAGAUUCUGAUAACAACGGAAGUGUGUUUUCUCAUCUUCCGAGUCGACCAACUUCAAGUCAAGAACAAAGAGAAAAAGGAAGAGUUCGACUUCUCAUUGAUCUUGAAUUUAUUCUUUCUAUAAAUCCAGACAUUGAUAUUGAAAGAUUCAAGUUGGCCACUGAAAAGAAGAUAAUUUCCAUUGAAGAGCUGAAAAUGCUCUUUCAAAUAUAUGGCCUCGCCGAGCACAUUCAACACCUCGAGCAACGAAUCAUCGAUUGCUUUUUGACUCACGAUCGACACUUUUGUUUUUCCGCUUUCGUUGGAUGCCUCAAUCAAAUAAAUCCAUCAAUAUUACGUGUACUUUCACCAUCUCCUCCAACUCCAAAAAUUGCUCCUUGGUCUAAACCUCCACUUCGUAAACUUGAUGAUUCUGGGAUGACUGGAGUUGGAUCAAACUACUUGUCUCAUGACCAACUUUCAAUGAGUUUCGCGUUCAUUUAUAUUCUGAUGUCAUUGAUUUGUUGUGUCACUACGAGAAACUUCGAUCCAAUAUGCCUUCGAAUGUGUGUUCUUUUCUCCUUUCUGAUGACAAUUGCUUCUGGAUAUCUCGUCUAUCAACAUGCCAGCCAAACCGAACAAGUUUGUCUCCGUAAAUGUGUGAGAACUGAGGACUAUUUCCAUACUCAACUUGCAAUUAUCUGUGGAAUACAAGUUCUCAACUGUGUUAUUUCUCUUGUCUACUCGUUUUUAUGUCUGAGAAAAUCCCCAAAGUGUCAAUCGUAUGAUCGAGUGAAAAUGGAACCAGAAGAGCUACCAGUCACCAUUUGA